AUGCCUUACUCCUGCUCAGUUGGCAGGGUGCAGCUGACAUGUCGGCUGACCCAGUGCUGUGAGCGCACAGAACGCGUAGUCAAGAAAGGUGUCACAUACGGUUUAGGUGCCUCCCGCUCGUACUCUAAGUGUCCCAUAGUAACAUAUGCCAUCCUUAUGGCUCAAAAAGAGUCCAGCCCUCCACUGGUGACGACUGGUCCUCCGACUUUGGACUGUCCACCUGUGCCCAGCCCUCCUGCCAUCGCCCCUCGGACCAUGGACCACGGACUUGUGACCAACCCUCCCCUUGUGGACCGUCUGACCAUCGACCCUUCAGCUGGACCCAGUCAGCCUCCUCUGCCUUCCACCAGCAGCAUUCCACCAGCUGUCCAAGAGGAGGGUGCUUCUGCUCCUGGGAUCCAAGCUAAGUCCACUACACAGUCUCUACCAGUGCCUUCAGUUGUUAUGGGAAGUUUUAAUCAGAGUGACACUGAGAACUUGGAGGAAGUCCAAGAUCAACUGGACGAUGACAUCUUGGAGGAUGCAUGGGGCUUGCUCUGCCCGGAGCAGGAGGCGGAGAGGCUGGAGACGAGGGAGGAGUACAGGGAGAUGUUAGAGGCGAUGGGCUCUGAGCAUGAGCAAGACCCCAUUCCAGACUUGGCUGUAAGGAAUGAGCAAAUCGGGCACCAGGACCUGUGA